GUCAAAAUAGAAAACUCAAAACUUUGAAGAAAUAUCAGUUUCCGUAACAUUGGCACACAUGGCUCAACUUGAUAGUAAAUUGUCACGUUGGAUUUUUACCAACAAUGUUAAAACCCGUAAUGAGCUCCAACAACAACUACAAGCAUACGCUUUUAAGAAGCGUAGUUCAGAUGGCGAUGCGAACACUACUUUUGAGCAGAAGAAGCCCAAGUUCCAGAAUCAGAUGAAGUGCAACUUUUGUGGAAAGGCCGGUCACAAAUACGCCGAUUGUCGAGCUAGACUGGAGCAGGGUAGGAACGGAAGCAGUACGUCUGGAGCAAAGGAGUGGCCUAGUGUGAAAUGCUUUAAGUGUGACGAAAUUUUACAUUUUGCAUCAGCUUGUCCAAAAAGUCGAUCAGUAUCGAGUCCCUUGGGUUUGAAAUUAAUCACGGAGAAAUGAGACCAAAUCCUCGUAAAAUUCAGGCAUUAAUGGAGUGACCGCCGCCGCAAUCUGUGACACAGUUAAGGUAUUCCAAUUGAAGGAGAAAAUCUGUGACGAGCGCGGAUCCGAUUAUGUUGUAGGAAAACAAAAGCUCAUAUAUGCUGGUGUAAUACUUGAUGACAAACGCACCAUAGCAUCAUACAACAUAGAUGAAAAGAAAUUUGUUGUGGUAAUGAUUAAACGCGAUAUUGGAAAUUAUGUACAAAAACCAGACGAGGGCGGUGCAUCCACAUCUACUCCAAUAUCAUUAAUCACUGAUAAUGAAACUAUAAAAGAAAACCCGAAGGAACGUAAUAUCUCUGUGAAAGAUGAAUCCAAGCAUAAAUCCGUAGGUAAUAGAAGCUCAGACCAGGAUAAAAAAUCUGUGGAGAAUGAAGGUAGGAACAUUAACAAGAAGGUUGCUGUUUUAGGCUCUACUGGAAACAAUGCAAGCAUUUUAGCGAAGGGAUCUGGUGCAUUUCUUUCUGGAACCACUGUUGGCUCUGGUGGUUCCGAAACUAGUCAUAGCUCUUUCUCGAGCGGUGAUCUUGCUGGUUUUCUCUCAAAUACAUCCCUGCAAUCACGAGCUGAAUCAAAUUUACUCAUGGGGGAAGAAUAUAAUCGCACAGUUGCAUCAAUGAUUGAAAUGGGCUAUUCUCGUACAAUGGUCUUAAGCGCUAUGGCAGCUAGUUACAAUAAUCCAGAGAGGGCAGUAGAAUACUUAAUUAGUGGAUUACCAGAGGUUCCAGACGGAUUCAAUGCAACCACAGCAGCUGUUGGGGAAGAUAAGCCAGACAAUAGUGCUGCGGGUGAUGGGGAAACACCUCGCACGAGUAGUGAUGGCGGUGAGGAUGUCGAACCGGCAAACCAUAUUUACAGCAUUGAUGACAACUUGAGUUCCCGUGACGGGGUAUACGGUCAACACUCUUCGGAAAGCCAUAAUGCAUCAUUAGGUAAUGUGUUGCGUCCUGCCCAUGAAGAUCCAUUUCGGUUUUUACGCAAUCAACCUCAGUUCUUACUGAUGCGCUCGUUAGUGUAUGAGAACCCCGAUUCAUUACAUUCACUGCUUCAGCAAAUUGGGCGGACUAAUCCUCCUCUGCUUCAACUGAUAUCGGAAAACCAAGAAGCUUUUUUAAGCAUGCUUAACCGAUCAAGGGAACGGCAAACUGGUACUAACCGCCAAUAUCCUCCUCCUGACAUGACAGAAAGGCGUGCACAGCUGGCAGCUGGUGGUGAUGGUUGGCAUAUACGACCUCUUGAUACAACUCAAGGAGCAGGUGGUGAUGCCCCUGCUCCACAACAACGCCCUGGAGAAAGUGGCGAUGCACGGUCGCAUACCUUAUCAAAUCACAUUCGACCACCUCGGUCAGAAACAGCAGCAGAACACCGUGCUGCUAUUGCUGAAGCCUUCAUGCGCGAAAGAGCUGCUGCUGCAGCUGCAGUAGCGGAAUUACUUGCUACUGCUUCGGCCGCGGUCGGACGUGAUCCGAAUGAAGACUGUGGCAGUGCUACAAAUACAGCAGCUACUAAUAAUGUGUCUGACUCAGGCAUUUCGGAGAAUGGUUCUGUUCGUCUAACACAGCAUGACAAAGAAGCGAUUGAGCGUCUUACAGCUCUUGGUUUCCCUGAAGGUCUGGUAUUGCAAGCGUAUUUUGCGUGCGAUAAAGAUGAGCAGUUGGCCGCUAAUUUUUUGAUAUCUUCAACAUUUGAUGAUUAAAAAAUUGAUUGAUCUUUAUAAACCGUAUCUACAUAAUUAAUGCGAUAUAAAUAAUUCAACUGCCAAUUAUAAUUCAUUGUAUUUUCUUACAUCAAAUUAAUGCGAUAAAUAUUUUAGUUACCAACUUAAA